AUUCCUCCCACUGACACCAAUGAUGGGGCAUGAUUCCUCCCACUGAUACAAAUGAUGGGACACUAUUCCUCCCACUGACACCAAUGAUGGGGCAUGAUUCCUCCCACUGAUACAAAUGAUGAGGCACUAUUCCUCCCACUGACACUAAUGAUGGGGCACUAUUUCAUCCACUGACACCAAUGAUGGGGCACUAUUCCUCCCACUGACACUAAUGAUGGGACACUAUUCCUCACACACUGACACUACUGAUGGGGCACCAUUAGUGUCAGUGGGAGGAGUAGUGCCUCAUCAUUGGUAUCAGUGGGAGGAAUCAUGCCCCAUCAUUGGUGUCAGUGGGAGGAAUAGUGCCCCAUCAUUGGACAUAUUGAAAUCAAAUCUGAUGUUUUUUUCA